CAUUGUGCAUGACUUCCAGUUCUUUAUGUGGAGUAAUGUACCGCGCAUGCCAUAUUCUCUCUUUCUUUUAGUCAUCCAGCCGCCAGUAAAUCCUCUUUAGUUUAGUGAGUAAUAUUAUGCACCUGUCAGUGAAUCUUCAGUAUGCUCCAUUUAUUCUUAUUGUGACCUACAUCAGGGAGAUGGAUAUAAACGGAGGUGACAUCAGGAGCAGACACGCUCGUGCACGGGCAUCCCUCCAUACCUGACGCCAUAGCAACGCUAUGCAGAAUCAGUGAUGCGCUCUUUCUUCAAUACAGCAAGGACAAGGAGAUACAGCACCAUCGUGUUCACUGUCUAACCGCUGAUUUUGGAGCUGGUUUACUUCAUGUAUCGAUGACAAAACCUACAACCGGAGACAUCUAGCAGGGUCUGUACAUUCAUGCCAACAUUCCUGUUCAAGUUUGGAAAUACGAUCCAAGAACUAGAGAGAGAGAGAGAGAGAGAGAGAGACCAUGAGCAGCUGAUACACCGCAGCUAAAAAUAAUAUUCCCUGUAAAUUACUGUCUCGAACACCAGGCAACGGGCAUGAAAAGCUACUAAAGCAGAGCAAUUAUUUCGGCUCCUUUAGCCCAGUCAAGUGACAUGGCCUUGUCUUUCUGUGGGAACGACAGAGGUAGUAAUGCCUACAGCGUGGACAAAGGAGUCCUGGACAAUGGCUGCUUCGUGGACGCCCUCAACCUCGUCCCUCAUGUAUUUCUUCUCUUCAUCACCUUCCCUAUCCUCUUCAUUGGUUGGGGUAGCCAGAGUUCAAAGGUGCAGAUCCAUCAUAACACCUGGCUGCACUUUCCUGGCCACAGUCUGCGCUGGAUCCUGACCUUCACACUGCUGUUUGUGCACGUGUGCGAGAUCGCCGAGGGAAUCGUCUCCAAUACGCAGAUGGAGUCCAAUCACUUGCACCUCUUCAUGCCAGCACUGAUGGGCUUCAUAGCGGCAACGACCUCAGUCGUAUACUAUCACAAUAUAGAAACAGCCAAUUUCCCCAAACUGCUGCUGGCCUUAUUUAUAUACUGGAUUCUGGCUUUCAUCACCAAGAUGAUAAAGUUAUGGAAGUUUGCAGAUGCGAGCCUUGGGGUGCAACAUCUCCGUUUCUGUAUCACAGCUUUGCUUGUGGUGCUGUACGGCCUGCUCAUGGCUGUCGAGAUCAACGUUAUCAGAGUCAGGAAGUACGUGUUCUUUGCGAACCCCCAGAAGGUCAAGCCCGCAGAAGACUUGCAGGACUUGGGUGUGCGAUUCCUCCAGCCCUUUGUCAACCUCCUCUCUAAAUCAACAUACUGGUGGAUGAACCCGCUCAUCAUUGGAGCCCACAAGAGACCCAUUGAGCUGAAGAAGAUUGGAAAACUUCCAAUCGCGAUGAGGGCGUUGACUAACUAUAUGCGUCUGAAAGACUCCUAUGAGGAACAGAGGCAGAAAACAGAGGACCCAGAUAAAUCCCCAUCCAUCUGGAAAUCCAUGUACCGGGCAUUUGGGGGGUCAAUACUCCUCAGCAGCACUUUGCGGUACAUGGCAGACUUGCUGGGCUUUGCCGGGCCACUCUGCAUCUCUGGGAUUGUGGAACACCUGGAUAGUUCAACAGAGAUUGACAGGACAAAUAAGACAGCGAACAUGACUUUCGGGGUGUACUUCAUGUCUUCCACUGAGCUGCUGCAGAAUACGUCUGUUCUGGCUGUUCUGCUGUUCUUGGCACUCGUGCUGCAGCGAACAUUCCUGCAGGCCUCCUACUAUGUCACGAUAGAAACCGGCAUUAACCUACGCGGGGCGCUGCUUGCAAUGAUCUACAAUAAAAUUCUGCGCCUCUCCACUUCAAACAUGUCCAUGGGAGAGAUGACCCUCAGCCAGAUCAACAAUCUCGUUGCCAUAGAAACCAAUCAGCUCAUGUGGUUUCUCUUCUUAUGCCCCAAUCUGUGGGCCAUGCCAGUUCAGAUCAUUAUGGGAGUCAUCCUGCUGUAUUAUUUGUUGGGUGACAGUGCGUUGAUAGGGGCCGGCGUCAUUUUGCUCCUGGCCCCGGUUCAGUACCUCAUCGCUACAAAGUUGGCAGACACACAAAAGAGCACGCUGGACUACUCAACAGACCGUCUUAAAAAGACAACAGAGAUCCUGAAGGGAAUAAAGCUGCUGAAGCUCUAUGCCUGGGAGAACAUCUUCUGUGACCGUGUAGAAGAGACCAGAGGAAAAGAGCUGACCAGUCUCAAGACUUUCGCCCUCUACACAUCAAUGUCCAUAUUUAUGAAUGCCGCCAUCCCCAUUGCUGCAGUGUUGGCGACAUUUGUCACACAUGCCUAUAUUGAAGAGGUCAGGCUCAGUCCAGCCAAGGCAUUUGCCUCUUUGGCUCUAUUCCACAUCCUGGUCACUCCACUCUUCCUGUUAUCCACGGUGGUCAGGUUUGCCGUUAAGGCCCUUGUCAGUGUACAGAAGCUCAGCGAGUUCCUGCAGAGCGAUGAGCUUGGAGAUGACAGCUGGAGAAACACAGAAAUGUCCAUGUCUCUAGAGGUCGGCAAGAAAUACAAACACCAUGGGGAUACGAAGACUAUCAACAGGAAGGGCCGUUAUCGUAUGGAUAACUACGAGCAGCCCAUGCGCAGGCAGCUGCGGCCCACAGAGACUGAAGAUGUCGCCGUACAGGUGAAUGAUGGCUUCUUCACAUGGGGAAGCAACUUGUCGACGCUGUCGGACAUCAACAUCCGAAUCCCUACAGGUCAGCUGACCAUGAUUGUGGGCCAGGUGGGUUGUGGGAAAUCAUCCCUGUUAUUGGCCAUGCUGGGGGAGAUGCAGACGAUCAGUGGGAAAGUCUACUGGAGCAACCUGCCUGGUUAUGAGAUACUCUUCGAUGGGAGCAUAAGCGGGCACGAUAACGGCCUGUCUCAUGAAGAACUGAGUAAAAACAGAUACUCUGUGGCCUACGCAGCGCAGAAGUCAUGGCUGCUGAACGCCACUGUAGAGGAAAACAUCACGUUUGGAAGUCCUUUCAAUAAACAGAGAUACAAAGCUGUGAUUGAUGCCUGCUCGCUUCAACCAGAUAUCGACCUCCUUCCUUUUGGAGACCAGACUGAAAUUGGAGAACGGGGUAUUAAUCUCAGUGGUGGUCAGCGACAACGGAUCUGUGUGGCCAGAGCUCUAUAUCAGAACACCAACAUUGUUUUCCUGGAUGACCCGUUCUCUGCCCUGGACAUCCACCUCAGUGAUCAUCUGAUGCAGGAGGGGAUACUGAAGUUCCUUCAGGAUGACAAACGGACAGUGGUCUUGGUCACUCAUAAGCUGCAGUACCUCAUCCAUGCUGACUGGAUAAUAGCCAUGAAGGACGGUUCAGUGCUGAGAGAGGGGACCUUAAAGGAUAUCCAGACUCAUGAUGUGGAACUCUAUGAGCACUGGAAGACCCUGAUGAACAGACAAGACCAGGAGCUUGAAAAGGAGACUGAAAUGGAGAGUCAGACCACUCUGGAGAGGAAGACUUUGAGGAGAGCUUUCUAUUCCAGAGAGGCAAAGAGCCAGACUGACGAUGAGGAUGAAGAGGAGGAGGUGGAGGAGGAUGAUGAUGACAACAUGUCCACCACCACCAGCCGCCGUUCUAAGAUCCCAUGGAAGAUGUGCUGCCGUUACCUUUCCUCUGGUGGCUUCCUCAUGGUCUUCCUGAUGGUGUUGUCCAAGCUGGCCAAGCACUCGGUUAUGGUGGCCAUCGACUAUUGGCUAGCAGCUUGGACUUCCUCAAACCCGCAUAACCAAAGUCUCGCCGAUCCAUUUAUCAAUGCAACCAAUUACACAAAGAAUGAUGACACACAGAUCGCUGAGGUGACACAUCACUGCCUUCUCCUCUUUCAAAUGUUGUCUUUAAUAUUGUACAUUAUAGUUAUACUGAAGUGGAGCUCUUUGGGUGUUUUACAGCAUCGCUCCUACGUGCCAGUGUUUAUUAUCCUGUGUGGAGCUGCGAUAGCACUUUGCCUCAUCACUUCCCUAACCGUGGAGUUUCUAGGAGUGGCUGCAGCUACAAACCUCCAUCACAACCUCCUUAACAAGAUCAUUCACGCUCCCAUCAGAUUCUUUGAUGUCACACCACUUGGACAAAUCCUGAACCGUUUCUCAGCGGACACCAACAUCAUCGAUCAGCACAUUCCCCAGACACUAGAGUCUCUCACUCGCUCCACUCUGCUAUGUCUCUCAGCAAUUGGAGUCAUUGCUUUUGUCACCCCUGCUUUCCUCAUUGCACUGGUGCCCCUCAUGGUGGCCUUCUACUUCAUUCAGAAGUACUUCCGGGUUGCUUCCAAAGAUCUGCAAGAUCUCGAUGACUCCACUCAGCUGCCUCUUCUCUGUUAUUUCUCUGAGACUGCAGAGGGCCUCACCACCAUUCGAGCGUUCAGGCACGAGGCUCGUUUUAAGCAGCGGAUGUUGGAGCUUACGGACACCAACAACACAGCCUACCUGUUUCUCUCUGCUGCCAACCGGUGGCUGGAGGUCAGAACUGAUUAUCUGGGUGCUGUGAUUGUCCUCACUGCAGCAGUGGCAGCGAUCUGGACCUCAUCUCAGUCUGGUCUGGUUGGACUUGGUCUAACAUAUGCCCUCACUGUGACAAACUACCUGAACUGGGUGGUGAGGAAUCUGUCAGACCUGGAAGUCCAGAUGGCUGCAGUAAAGAAAGUCAACAGCUUCCUGAGCACAGAAUCUGAGAACUAUGAGGGAUCCAUGGAUGUCUCACAGGUACCGAAAGACUGGCCGCAGCAUGGCGAGAUCAAGAUCCAAGAUCUGUGUGUCCGUUAUGACACCAUGCUCAAACCAGUCCUCAAACACAUCAAUGCAUACAUUAACCCUGGGCAAAAGGUGGGCAUCUGUGGUAGAACGGGCAGUGGAAAAUCUUCGCUGUCUCUGGCCUUUUUUAACAUGGUGGAUGUUUUUGAAGGAAAGAUUGUGAUUGAUGGCAUUGACAUUUGCAAGCUUCCACUCCAAACCCUGAGAUCCCGUCUGUCAAUCAUUCUGCAGGAUCCAGUGCUGUUCAGUGGCUCCAUCCGGUUAAAUCUUGACCCCGAGUGCACUUGCACUGAUGACAGGCUUUGGGAAGCGCUUGAAAUUGCCCAGUUAAAGAAUAUGGUGAAAGCACUCCCAGGGGGAUUGGACGCUGUGGUGACAGAAGGAGGGGAGAACUUCAGCGUGGGACAAAGACAGCUCUUCUGUCUUGCCCGGGCAUUUGUCCGCAAAAGCAGCAUCCUAAUUAUGGAUGAGGCAACAGCUUCUAUAGACAUGGCCACGGAAAAUAUUCUUCAGAAAGUGGUGAUGACUGCAUUUGCUGAUCGGACGGUUGUCACUAUAGCACAUCGAGUCCACACUAUCCUGACAGCUGAUCUAGUUAUUGUGAUGAAGCGAGGAAGCAUCAUGGAGUAUGGAAAACCAGAGAUUCUCAUGGAACAAGAGGACAGCUUAUUUGCAUCCUUCGUCAAAGCUGACAUGUAGUCUCACUCAUCUCCGUUACCACAUUGGUUUAUACCACUUAAGGCCUUAUAAAAAAAAUGACAGCCAUUUUUGGAAGUUGCAUCGGAAAGGACUGGACUAAACACAGACUCUGAACUGUUAUUGUUUUAUAUGAACACUAAGUACAGUAUUAUACUCUUUUUUUUUUUUUAGCAUUUGUUAUCUUACCACUGUUUUUUGAUGAUACAUGUACUCUGAAAUGCAUAAGCAAUAAGCAUUUAUCUACUGUGUUUUGAUAAGUACCAACACUGUACAGAGCAUGUCUGCCCGGCUGAGGCCUGAUGCUCUUGUCUGUCUGUCUGAAGUGCAUUGCUGAUACAGAUUUAGGGAAGGAGGACAAAUAUAGCUGGCUCCCCAAAGCCUGCACCCGCACAUGCCUGUGAAUGCACUCUUGACAGAAUCGUGAGCCCUUGCUUUCUGAGAGUCCUGCAAUGUCCCCCAGAUAAACCCUAAUGUGUUUGUCAUACCCUAAAUACAAAACUGAUUGUAUUUUAUACUUUGUACAGUAUUUCUCUAAUGCUAAUUACUUAACCAAGAGCUUAUUUUCAGUUUCUUCUUUGGUGACAAUGUUGUGUCAGUCUUACUACAGUAACAUUAGAUUUUACUUAUUUGCUCCUUAUCCAAAACCCUAACAGGGUGAAUUUCACUAAAUAAAUAAAUAAAACCUUUCACUUAGAAGUAACCAAAAUAAAAAAAAUAAAAAAAAAUUGACAAUUAUUCCUUUUUAGGACCAUUUUUUUUAAGGUAGAACAUAAUAAAGAGGUUUAAUUAAACAUAAAAAUAUAUAUUUUAUAAAAUGUAACAUACGUGUAAAUAUGUCUAAAAUAUAUACAUGUAUGUAUUCAUCUAUACACUACACAUACAUAGCCUAUAUUAUGCAAAAAAAAAAUAAUAAUACGUUUAAUUUUGGAUGUGAUUAAUAGAUUUCAAAUCCCUAAUAUAUACACACCAUUAUAUUUUUAUGCAUAGGCUACUCUAAGCAAAGAGGCCUACACUUUUCAAAUACACUACAAGUUAAAUAUCAUUUCAAACCAUGUGAUUUUUCUCUCCUAACCCGCUAUGACGUUUUAUUAUGGGGAUGUCAAAACGAGUUUGCAGUCUUUGUACAGCCAAGCGAUAUAUUGUACACAUAACGUCCUUUGUUUCUCUCCCUAGUGCAAGUCUGUACCCUCACUUCACUUUUACCCUUCAGUUUCUUUAUUUGAUCGCUCUGUUUUCUGGAAGUAACAAGCAAAGAUGACCUAAACAAUAUGUUUUAAGUGACUCUUUGUCCCUGCAGUAAAACGAUGCAUUCCUCCGCCUGCGACCACUUGUGGGAAAUCGUUCCGUUUACUGCACGCUGUCUGUCAGGGCUGGAGAUCUGAUGUAUCUAGUAUUUGCAGUAAGCUGUGAUGUCACACUUGAGCAGUGAUAUUCCAGUAACUUGUGAACGCAACCAUGUGCGUAAAACUGCAGCUUAACACACUCUGGUGAUGUGUAAACAUGACGUAAAUCUUCCCUGCGAGCCAACAGCAGCACAUUUCAGUCAAAAACGUUUCAAGUUUUUAUGUUAUUACUGCUAAGCUCAGGUAUUUGCAUGUUAGUAAUGAUGGACUGUUUUAAAUGUACAUAUGUAAUUAAUAUGGCAUUUGUACCAUAAGCAUUUAACAGCAUUAUGGUGUGUGCCUUUUGUUUUUUACACAUGAAAAUAAAAUAAAAAUUGCUUCGUGUGUUUGCUUA